AUGGCAGAUGAGAAGGCCGAUGCAGCAGUGGAGGUGAAUUCGAUUGAUGUAUAUACCGAGAAAAAGAAGAAGAAGAAGAAGAAGAAGACGCGGUCGAAUACGUUGAAUUUUAAUAAGUUCAUCUACCAGAUUCUGAAACAGGUGCACCCUAAAAUUGCCAUUUCUUCUGCAUCCGUGGAACUCAUCAACACUUACACAAUCAAAUUAAUGAUGAUUCUUAUUCAAGAAACUUGGGAGGUUCCUAAUUUACAACUUGAUAACUCACAAUUACAGACUGCUGACAGGGAACUUAUUGCUACAGUUAGGGUACUCUUUCCUCCACAAUUGGCAGAACUUGCCGUCUCAGCUAUUUGCAAAGCUAAACAUACUUACAGAGUCAGCUACUUGGCUGAUUUACUGGAUCGUAACAUGUCUUUGAAAUAG